CAUGUAUCGUGUAUGUCGUGACGUCACGUGACGUGUUUGCAUCGACUAGUACGUAAAAAUAACCUUACGUAAAGAUAACCUUAGAGAAAUAUUAUUGUUGCUGUUGAUUUUUCUAUUCUAGCCUAAUUUGAAAUUAUGGCAGAACAGGAAAACUUCCUUUACAGGCUCAUGAACUCUGUAAUUUAUAUGGUGGAUGCGCCAGUCACGUAUGUCCGAGAGAAAUUAGUAGUACCGAAUCAAAAGAAAUAUCCAUGGUAUCAUCAACAAUAUCGUCGCGUACCGACGAUCGAUGAGUGUUACAUGGACGAUAUAGUCUGUGAGACCGAGGCAGAUUGUCAACUUAAACGCGAUAAGGCAGUAGAAGAUCAAAUUCUGUUUAUUCUAAGAAGUCGUUUUGAACAGUGUGCCAUCUAUCACGGCGAUGACGUACAUUUAUGCGAUCCUAUAAGGAAAAUUUAUGAUGAUGCGGCUGUUGCUUGGUUCAUCAAAUACGGUGAAAUGGGAGUAUCUUUAAACGCAAGAAAUGCAUACAUGAAGCAGAAACAUCGUCUGAUCUGGGAGCGCCGUCACGGGCCAGUAGGUACCGGCAUGAAACAACAACCGAACAAGGCGUAGCAAACUUGAACCGACAUCGUAGCUGAUUAUAUGAAUUUAAUGGCAAACACAUUCGUACAUUAUGAAUCUGAAUUACACGUUUGCUUAAUAUGUACAGAUGUGUUGUGAUUUAAAGACGGCGGGAUAAUAAAAAUAAUUUAU